GGCAGGAGUGACGCGUGCACAACAGCGUGGUCGCUACUCUAUUGGAGCAAAAUGUGCUACCUGACAGUGAAUUUCAGGGAUUUAAAAUCGCUUGUAAACUAGAUGUGCAAUACAAGUAGUUAAUUAAUAUCCAAGUCCUCGGAGAGUCUCAAAGCUGUACGUUCGUCUGAACAGGUAUUCAGUGUGAUCGCAAUAAAUAAAAAUGAAAGUAGGUAUUCACCCUCUGACAGCCGACCCAACAGCAGCGUGGCGCGAGCUGUCAGAACAGCAAAAAGUCAUCAAGAUAAUCGCUAAACUGCCGACAACCCCGGCCCCAAGUAAUAAGCUCCGUGUCGUUUGCAUGAGUGACACUCACUCUUUGACUCCCUUCAUUAAGUUUGACAUCCCUGAGGGUGAUAUUUUCAUUCAUGCCGGAGACUUUACAAAGUGUGGAAGUCUAGAGGAGGUGAUAGAAUUCAACAAUUGGAUCGGGAGCCUUCCACACAAGCAUAAGCUAGUGAUAGCUGGGAAUCAUGAACUCAGCUUUGAUCCGACGUUUACUCAUCCAUUUUCGGCACAUGCUUCAAGCGAUCGGCAUAAACAUACAGGAAUCAGUGUGCUUGAUGAUAUCCCAACAUUAGGAAUGUCCAAAGAUGUUCUCGCAAAUGCAAUAAAGACCAUGAACAUCAGGGAACAUUUAACGAAUUGCAUUUACUUGGAGGAUUCUGAAAUCGUGAUCAAUGGAAUUAAAAUAUACGGUACUCCUUGGCAGCCUGAGUUUUGUAAAUGGGCUUUCAACGUUCCUCGCGGAGAGCCAUGCCUGUCAAAAUGGCAAUUAAUCCCAACAGAUACGGACAUUCUUGUAACUCAUACGCCUCCUGUUGGUCAUGGAGAUUUGUGUUGCAGUGGAGUUCGAGCUGGAUGUGUGGAGCUAUUGACCACUGUACAAACUCGAGUACAGCCUAAAUAUCAUGUGUUUGGCCAUGUGCACGAAGGCUACGGCAUUUCUUCGGAUGGAAAAAUAAUAUUCGUCAAUGCUUCAACAUGCGACUUAAACUAUCUGCCGAAUAAUAUUCCCAUAGUAUUUGAUAUAACUUUACCCCCAGGAGAAUCUAAAGCCUAAGUUUUGCAAAUUCCAAUAUCCAAAAGAAGGAUACAUAUAAUCGUAUUGCCUGUGAGAGCUCAAAAUUUGCCAAUGUAACUAUUUAAGGAGGGGCAAAUGCACGUUGAGUAGUUGAAAAUUAGACUUUCUGUCAGAUAUUAUAGCAACUAAGAAAAAUAAUACAUAGAUAUGCUAUUUUGAGCCUCUGUUUUAUACAAUGUGAUGUAUGAAUUCCAACGAUGAAAGCCUUUGUAGGUAACGUAACUGCUAGUAUAGGACGUGCGGAGCUCUGUAAAUACUGCAUAGGUUGAUAUUUGGAUCAAUUUCAGUCCAAACUGAAUCCAGGUUUACGAGCCUCCUUAAAGCUAAUGUAGUUCGGGCGUAGAUUACAAUCAUCAACAAAUAUUUAGUUUUGCAUCUGUAAACCUUCGGAUUAACAGUUUGUAAGAAAUACGAAAAAAAAAUUCUUGAAUUUUCUCAUCCAAUGACCAAAUAUUUCGAGGUUCCGCAAUCGGCACAAGAACCGUGCACGCGAGCUGAGUGUGGAAAAAAAUUCAGAUAGAUAGGAUCAACGGUUCGUUGGUUAUCGGAUCAAAAUGUUCACCAUGCACCUAAUUUAACACACAUGUAUGUAUGCCCACCCCUCCCCCAGCUAGAGUAAACCACAGGCGAUCUUUUUUGCUUCUUUUCGCAAAUACGUGCACAAGUGAAUUUGACAGCCUAAAUUUUCGUAAUUAUAAAGUAUUCCUCGAUUCCUUAAUACAGAAAUGAUUUCCAAGAUGAAAGUAUUUCGUUUGAAAUAAAACUAGAGAAUUUCAAAACUCAUCUGAAAUCGACGCAAAAAUCAUUUCAAAAUAUUUGACCGUAUUUCACGCUGAACAAAAUGAUGGGAAAAGUAAAUGAAAUAGGAUCUCAAAAUCUACUAAAUGAUGCCUAAAUCCUAGAAAUUUAUAGUGUAUAUUUCAGAAGACACGCAAAAAAUGACAAGAAUCUCCUAUGGUUCACUCUUGAAGACCAAUCAAGAAAGAAAAAAAACGAAUCCAUUACUUCUACGAAAUAUUAUCUCGCUAGCUGCAUUUCACUCUCAUUAUCAAGCUCAUUUACAUAUAACGUAAUAAAUCGGCGAAUUUCACUGGUACAUAUAAUCUAACAAUUGCAAAAUCCGAGACCGAAUACUAUAGAAUAGUUUCAUUUUAUUCGUUACUAGUUUAUCUGUACACUAUUGCGGGCAUUUACUCAAAAUUCAGCUGAUACUAUCAUUACUUACUCAGAUUAAAUGAAAUUUACUCAAACGUGUGCAUAACAUUAGUUUGAUAAAAUAGUAAUUGGUAAGUUUUUGUAUCUUUUAUACUCAACCGAGUUUAUCGCGAUUCCUUUCUUGUCUUUUGUAUAUUUCUACUUUGUUACUAAAAUUUGUUGUUAUUUGUUGUUGUGUGUAUAUAUAUAUACCUAUAUAUAAAUAUAAAUCCUGCGUCAUGUAUCAAAAUUUUUAAGCUUGGAGCCGGAGUGGGUCGAUUUUCCCUUCUUACUGUUUUCAAGCUUUUUCCAAAAAAAAAAACGAUAAAAAAAUCAGAUGCGUAAGUCAUUUUACUAUGGAUGGUUGCUGAAACAUUUUUUUAUGUCACAUAGGAUUUUUUUAUUAGUUUUUUGGACUCGAUUAAUCGAUGCAUCGAUUAUCCUUAGCUUAGUAGCCAUCGCUACAGCGAGUUAUCCACCCCUGACCUUGGUUGUAUAGAAUAAUGCAGAAAUGCUGAACAUUACACAUCUUCAAUGUCUCAUUCGACAUAAAAUAUGAAUAACAGUGAAUAAAAUGAAAUGCUAUACAUGCCAAAGAAAGAGUUAAUAUUAAGUCUGUUUUUAACAAUUUUAACUUAACCAGUCAAUUUGUUGUCCCAGAUUCAGUAAAAAUAUUUCAAUGCUAAUACUGAAUAAAAUUUGAAAUAAUCAUACCUAUUUUGCCUUCGUAUCGUUUUAGUCUACCUCUUCGGAUACUAAGUAUUAUUAUUAAUACUGUCACCUAUUUUUAUUUCAGAAUGUAGGACUGAUAUAGGAAAAGUAUGAUGAAAAAAGGGUGGAUAGUAUUAUAAUUAUUAAAGUAUGCUGGUAAAUGGGAGAAACACAAUUACAGACUGGAAUGUACUGAAAUUAUAUAUUUCAAAUAACACGUGGAAUAAUGUGUAAUUUUUGUUUACACCAAAAUAUUGUAG